ACAAGUUUAUCAUUUCUAAGCUUGUGAUUGCUUGUUAUGUCUAUAUGUCAGACAGAAUUAAGGAUUAUAGCAAACAAAGUUAGCAGCUUCAAUCAUCUAAAGCAACUCCAUUCCCAGAUCAUCAUCAAUCACCUCUUCCACCAUAAUCAAUGGUCCGCCCUUCUCUUAAACCUCUGCACCCGCCUCCAUUCUCCACCUGCCUAUGCUCGUGCCGUCUUCAACUCCGUCCAAAACCCAGAUGUCGCCGUUUUCACUAACAUUUUCAGAUUCUAUUAUCGGACAGUAGGUUGCCGUGAUGAUUUGGUAGCUCUUUUUGGUCGAACUCAUAGUAAUGGAGUUCACCUUGAUGUUUCUCUGUAUCCCAUCUUGAUCAAAUCUACCGGCAGGGCUGCUGUUGGAUUCCAUGGUUAUUUGGUUAAACUGGGGUAUUGUUGCAAUAAGUAUGUUCGUAAUGCGGUUAUGGGUAUGUAUGGAAACUAUGGUCCAAUUGAAGAUGCACGUCGUAUGUUUGAUGAAAUGUCUGAGAGAGCUGUUGUAGAUUGGAACUUGAUGAUAUCGGGGUAUUGGGAUUGGGGAAACGAGAAUGAAGCUUGUCGGAUUUUUGAGCUUGCGCCUGUGAAGGAUGUCAUCACGUGGACUACGAUGGUUACUGGGUUUUCAAAGAUUAAUGAUAUUAAGAAUGCUAGAAUUUAUUUUGACCAAAUGCCAGAGAAAAAUAUUGUAUCUUGGAAUGCGAUGCUGUCUGGUUAUGCUCAAAAUGGUUUUGGUGAAGAGGCUAUUUGUCUUUUCAACGAGCUGAUGAACUCAGGGCUUGAACCAAAUGAAACAACAUGGGUUUCGGUUAUUUCAGCCUGUUCAAUAGUUGGUGAUCCAAUUCUUUCGGAUUCAGUAGUCAAAAUGUUGGGUCAGAAGAAUCCUAAACCGAACUUCUAUGUCAAAACAGCACUUCUUGAUAUGUAUGCAAAACGUGGAAGCCUUGAGACAGCUCGAAAAAUCUUUGAUGAGUUGGGAUCGCAUCGAAGUCCUGUCACAUGGAAUGCCAUGAUAUCUGCUUAUUCAAGAUUGGGCGAAUUGGUUUUGGCUAAAGAGCUCUUUGAUAGGAUGCCCAAGAAGGAUUCCAUAACAUGGAAUUCUCUAAUUGCAGGUUAUGCUCAAAACGCACAACCAUCUAUGGCAAUCGAUAUUUUCAAGAAAAUGAUCUCAUCCGACUCAACCCCUGAUGAAAUUACUAUAGUUAGUGUUCUUUCCGCUUGUGGGCAAAUGGGAGCAAUAGAAUUUGGCAAUUGGGUUGUUGCGAACAUCCUGAGAAAGAACCAAAUUUCAUUAACCCUCUCUGGAUACACUUCACUAAUCUUCAUGUAUUCGAAAUGUGGAAACAUGAAAGACGCCCAAGACGUGUUCGAUAAAAUGCCUAUUCGGAGUGUAAUAUCUUAUAACGCCUUGAUUACCGGACUUGCAGCUCAUGGAAAUGGGUAUAAAGCUUUAGAGCUUUUAACGAACAUGAAGGGUGAAGGUAUUGAACCAGACCGAAUCACAUACAUUGGAAUUCUUACGGCUUGCAGCCAUUCAGGACUUCUAGAUGAAGGUCGUAAGAUAUUCAAAAUGAUCAUAGACAAGCAUGUUGAGCAUUAUGCUUGUAUGGUUGAUUUAUUGGGCCGAAUGGGAAAACUCGACGAGGCAAAGACUCUAAUUGAGCAAAUGCCAAUUGAGCCAAAUGAAGGUGUUUACGGUUCACUCCUAAAUGCUAGCAGGAUGCAUAAAAGAUCCGAUCUUGGGGAGCUAGCAGCCGAGAAACUUUUCGAGCUUGAUCCGGAAGAUUCCGGAAACUAUGUUCUGCUUUCAAAUAUAUUUGCUUCGCAAGGAAGGUGGGACGAUGUUGAGAGGAUUAGAAACAGAAUGAGGGAAAAGGGACUAGAGAAGACGACUGGUAGGAGCUGGGUAGAACAUGAUGGUAAAAUGCACAGGUUUAUUAUUGGCGAUCGUUCGCAUGAAAGAUGUGUUGAGAUUUAUAGAUUAUUGGCGGAAAUUCAGAAGAAGAUGAGAGCUUUUGGAUAUGUUUCGGAUAAGAGCUGUGUGUUGAGAGAUGUUGAGGAGGAAGAUAAAGAGGAGAUGGUGGGGACACAUAGUGAGAAAAUAGCUAUAGCUUUUGCUCUAUUGGUUAGCGAAAAAGGGAGUGUGAUUAGGGUCAUGAAGAACUUGAGGAUAUGUUGGGAUUGCCAUAUGGCUGUGAAGAUAAUCUCCAAGUUGGAGGAUAGAGAGAUUAUUGUUAGGGAUAACAAUAGAUUCCAUUGUUUCAAUGGUGGCUUAUGCUCUUGCAAUGAUUAUUGGUGAUUUAAAGUGAUAAAUGCAGUUUCGAUGAGAAGGAUCCUGAAGGUUACGCCUAAAGAGAGGUGGAGUCCAAAAGCAUGAUUGGGACAGGCUUCAAAAUAGGAUUGUCAAAAGGUCCUCCAAGGAACCUAGGUGCUUCGAAACGAUUGCUCAAAUAUGAUUGUGAAAUGGGAAAAAGUUGGACAAAACAAAGUUCCAAUCAUGAAGUCUCUAAUAAAAGAACACAACAAAACAAUGAGACAAUAGGUGGUGAAAGUAUAAAUUGUCCAAUAUGCUUUAAGUAUCUCUUUGAUUCAUUUAAAGACACGACUAGCUAUAAUGAAAUAUGAGCAUACCAUGCACUGUGAAUGUUAUGAUGAGAUGAUCAAACAUGAUAAGUGGGCAUUCUAUAACCUUAUUCCAAGU